AUGAGACGCAACACGCCUCAGUCCGGGGAGCGUCCCUCAAGUCGCCAGGCGACGGCCACGACAGCCGCUUCGCGAAUGCGCGCCAGCACGUCGUCAUUGCCUCGCGGGCCGCAAUUUUCGAGACUUGCAUCGUUCCGUGCCAGCACGCAAACGACCUACAACCCGGUGGCAGGUGCCGACUCAAACCAGCGCGCGCUGUCUCAACGCAGCCCUAGUCAGGCCGACUCGACGCGGCCGAGCUCUCGCGAUAGUAUCAAGGAGAACCUUGCACCACCCGACGCCGACGAAUAUGAAAAGUACCGACGGGAAAUUGAGUCUCUCAAGGCCGAGAUCGGCACGCUACAGUACCGCAUGCAAACGGCCGACUCUGAAAAAGAAAUUGCGCUCUCUCAACAAAACAACAAGGUCGAGCAGGCGAGACGGCGAGAACAGGAUGAAUUCCAAAAGCGCCAAAUUGCAGAAGCUGCCCGGGGCCGAUUCGAGGCACAGCUCGAAGAAACGCGUUCCGAACUUGAAGGCCUGAAAGAUGUCAGCGAACAGUCGACCAGAGAGUUGGAACGCAAGUUCCGCGCCGCCCAAGACGAAGCCAAUCUUGCCCAAGAGCAACUGCAGGAUCUGACUAUUGCCAGAGAUGAUGCGGAGCGAAUUAGCAAGAAGAAGCUUACCGACUUAGAAACGCAACUAACGGCACUGCAACGAGCGACCAAAGACUACAGCCACGAUAGCGACGCACGUGAGGAGGUAAUCCAACGGACCCAAGCCCAGGUAGCAGAGCGUGAUGCGCAUAUUGCAGCUCUCGAAGCUGAUGUGCUGCGUCUCAAAGCGCAGGCGGGCGAUGCCGACACGAUGCAGGCCAUUAAACGAGAGUUGUCCGAACAAGUGCAGCACAUUCGUGCCCUGGAAAGCACAAAUCGCGACCGGCUGUCCGAACUCAAGCAUUUGCGCUCUGUCAACAAGGCAGUUGAGGUGGUGGAAGAGGAAAAGAGGUCGCUGCAGCGUAGAGUUGAAGCCGCCGAACUGCUAGAGGCUGAGCUGGCAGAAGCUAGGCUACAGAGGCGGCGCCUUGAAGAUGAGAGACGCUCAUGGGCAUCGUAUUUGGACGGCUCGGCUGGCGCUGGUGCCGAGUUUGACACGCCCGAAGCCAUGGCGCGGGCGUUAGCAGAGGAGCGCUAUACCACGGCAAACUACAUCGAUCAGAUUGGUGCCCUGCGCGGUGAAAUCACUGCCCUACAAAACACGGUCCAGUCGUACGAGCAGGAAAGAGCAAAGCUUCUAGAAGAUCUCGAGAUCGUGAAGGCCUCGGCCAACGCCACGUCUACGGACAAGACUCGCUUGCGUCUAGAGCGUGAGAAGGUUCUCGCUCUCAAGGAGGUCGAGUGCCUUCGCGCUCAGCUUAAGGCUUUUGACACAGAAGAUCAAACCAUGCAGCCAGAGCAAUUUGACGAGGUGCGCGUAAAUCGCGUUCAGGAGCUCGAGGCUCUCAUAGACAACUACAAGAUUGAGCUGCAAGCUGCUCAUGUCCAGCUUUCCUCUGUCGAACCACACCCUGUCACACCCACCACGCCGCAGCCGCUCGCGGGAUCCAAGCGCACCUACACCAACGACGAUGGCAGCGAGCAGCUCGGUCAGCUGACGCGCAAGAACCGUAGCCUGCAAGGAGAGCUCGCAGGCCUGCAGACCAAGCUGGCUAUACAAGCCAAGGAGCUCAGCGUCAGCCGCGAGCAGCUUGCAGUGGCAAAGUCUCAAGGCCAGACACGCGUGCUGUCACUCCGUUCUAACCCGACAACGGAUCACGAAGCCAUCAAGCGGGCCACGCUCGAGGCGCUACAAAAGGAGAACAAGGACCUCCUCGCCACGCUCAAAUCCAAGCAUGGCAAGGCCACGACGGUGCCCUAUAUACCAAGCUCGGUUCUGGGCACUAUGGAGCGCGAGAUUGCUGCCGCCAGGGCUGAGACGGCGUCGGCGCAAAAGUCUGCGCGCCGCCUGAAGGAAGUCUGGGGCAGCAAGUCGCACGAGUUCAAAGAGGCUAUUUUCUCGACGCUCGGGUGGACGGUGACGUUUAUCCCCAAUGGCAAGAUGCGCGUCGAGAGCACCUUUUACCCGUCCAAGACGGACGAGCACGAAAACUCCAUCGUCUUUGACGGCGAGCGCGGCACCAUGAAGGUUGGCGGCGGGCCCAAGAGCCAGUUUGCCCAGCGCAUUGCCGACCAGAUUGGCUUCUGGGUCCGCGAAAAGGGCUGCAUCCCGGGAUUCCUCGCGGCGCUGACGCUGGAGUUUUACGAGGAGCAUAACAACAAUAAAGAGCGGUAG